GGGUCUGGUAGGAUCCGAUUGGAUUCGUUCAUCUCUCCCUUUUUGAUCGUCGAUAUCCACAAUCUGAUCAUUUCACUUUGAGCUACAAAUCGGUUCCUCAACCAUAAAUCCAUACUUAUCGAUCGACAAGUUCACUAGAACCAAGGUUGAAUCAGAAUUUUAGGUCAACAAUGUCGUUGGAACCUCCACCUUUCCAAGAAUCAUCACGCUGCGACAUUUGUAAUUGCAGUUUCAACACCUUCAGGCGACGGCAUCAUUGCCGAUGUUGUGGCCGAACUUUGUGUGCCGAACAUUCAUCAGAUCAAAUGGCUUUACCACAAUUUGGUCUUCACUCACUUGUUAGAGUUUGCUCAAAUUGUUAUAAUGAUGCAUCUCGCUCUGGGAAGUCUGAUGGAGCCGCUUCUGUGAAUGGAGUAAAUUCUGUGACAGAUUCCGUAUCAAGGGUUGAUAUUAAUACACCAUCAAAUUCUGAUGCUAGACAAAGUGCUGGUGUAAGUACUCCAGAUUGCAAGUGUGGAAUGCCUUUAUGCAUUUGUGAGGUGCCAUCAAACGAUAAUGUGGCUCCUGUGCAGCCUAAACCCAUGCCAACAUCCACAGUUUCCACUAUGUCGAAAACAAAGAAAGCAGACACAGCACCUAGGAGUAGAGGUUCUUCAUCAUAUAGCAAGUCCAGUACUGGACAAUCAGCCAAUGCUCAAAAACCGCUUGCUGAUUAUGAAGUUAAUGGAGAGGGGUUACGGGAAGCUAUAAAGAAUGGUGACUUAUUUGCUGUUAAAAAGCUUCUUGGUGAGGGAGUGGAUGCAAAUUACAGUGACAAACAAGGAUUAUCUCUCUUGCAUCUGGCGGCUGUUUUUAACCAAACUGAGAUAGCUUUCACUCUCAUGGAAAAUGGAGCAAGUCUGGACUACAAGAAUUUGCAGGGGGAGACUCCACUUGAUUGUGCCCCUGUGACAUUGCAAUUCAAGAUGAAGAAGAAGAUGGAAGAAAUCAAACAAUCCAAGUAAACAUCAUCAUUUCCUGAAACUUUAUCUGCUUCUACUAUGAAUUAUGGUCAUAGAUUCAACUUUGGAAACCAUUCUAUGUUUAUUUCGAUCCUAGCAGCCGAACAACACCCAAUUGUUAGUGGUUUGCAAGUGUUUUUCUUCUUUGGAAAAAUAACCAGUUCUAUCCUUCUUCUUUCCUAAAGAAGCAAAAGAGUCAGAAUAAGCAAAGCGAAACGGUAAACAUUUAUAUUAUAUUUUCUGUCUAAA